CAACGACUCCCCAACGGGCAUGGGUGAGGCACACAGCUGAGCGGCUGCGAUGUUCCUGAGCCGCCAGCAGAUGUCGCUCCCCGAGCUGCUGCUGCUGUGGUCGAGCAGACGCGCCAGUGUCGCCGCCGCCGCGCAUAGUUGGUACGGACCGGCAAGGACCCGUGCUUCUGCUCCGUUGCCAGUGUCGCUGCCGCCUUUGUAGACGCGCGCCGCAGUAAUCCACACGCGCUUUCUUUUCUGCGGGCAGCUGUGAUGCCGCUUACCCACCUAUCCGCACUCCCAGCUCGCACAUCCACCGGAAGACGUUUCUGCAUCCGCGAGCUCGCAGAGCGUGCAUGACUGCAAAAAUCGCUUCGCUUUGAAAUUCGGAUAGUAAGCGAAGGGGAGUUGAGGAGAGAGCGCGCCCUUCCCUGGGAUAUUCGGAGCUAUGCCUGUUCCAGACCAGGCCUCUGACUCAGAGAAGACUGCCAUGCUGAGCCCAGUUCUGAAUGCCUCCAAUGGAGAUGGGUCUGAAACUGAGACCACCUCUGCCAUCUUGGCCUCCGUCAAGGAACAGGAGCUGCAGUUCGAGAGACUGACCCGGGAGCUGGAAGCGGAGCGGCAGAUUGUGGCCAGCCAGCUGGAGCGAUGCAAGCUGGGAUCUGAGACGGGGAGCAUGAGCAGCAUUAGUUCAGCAGAUGACCAGUUUCGCUGGAAUAAUAAAGAUGGACAGAAGGACAUCGAGGAUGAAUUGACCACUGGCCUUGAGCUGGUGGACUCCUGCAUCCGCUCUCUUCAGGAGUCAGGAAUCCUGGACCCACAGGAAUAUUCUACAAGUGACAGGCCAAGUCUCCUGUCCCAGAGUGCACUGCAGCUCAAUGCCAACCCAGAGGGGUGCUUCCCAUACCCAGCCAGCUACCACAGCAACCAGACCCUGGCACUGAGUGACACAACCCAGCUUUCUGCCCGUGGGGGUCAGAUCGGAGGGGCUGUUCACAGCUAUAACCAGGUGACAUCAAACCGGGCAGCUCAGCUUUCUGCUGGGGAUCCCUCCCAGGUAUUUCCACAGAACCAUGGCAGUGCCUUCCACCUGCCCGACCCAGUGGCAGUGGCCACUGGCCCUGUGUACUACUCAUGUGCCACGCUGCCAGCGCAACGUGUCAGCUCACCCCUCUCUGCACCGGCUGUGGGCUCCCCGGCUAAGCUGGCACGGCUGGCCUCAGCCUCAGCCUCAGAUGCACCAGGAUAUGCUACCCUGCAGCGUGUGUCCUCACCCAAGCCAUCACCCAGCCGUCUGGCUAAGUCCUACAGCACCAGCUCACCGGUCAACGCAGCAUCCUCCCCACUGCGUGUGGCCUCUCCGCCCAACGCAUCUGGUACCUCACCACUACAUCAGCUUAGCUCUGCUGUGGGCAGCUAUGCCACAUUGUCACCCACCAAGCGCCUAGUGCACUCGUCAGACCAGUACAAGAUAUCCCAUGACCUGUACGCCAACGCUACUCUACAGCGGCCCGGCAGUCUAGCAGGAUCCCGAGGUUCAUACAGCAGCCAGCACAGCCACCUUGGUUCUGAGCUGCGGCCUCUCCAGUCCCCAGAGCACCACAUCAACCCCAUCUACGAGGACAGGGUCUAUCAAAAGCCUCCCUUGCGGAGCCUGAGCCAGAGCCAAGGAGAUCCUCUGCAGCCAGGAUCCUACUGCACCAACACAGCCCCAUCCUCCCCUGGUGUUGACCCAACCCCCCUGCAGCGCACGGGCAGCCAGACUGCUGCCAGCACGUAUCAACGGGCAAGUUAUGCCACCGGACCUGCUGCUGCAGCUGUCGCAUAUACCGACCCAUACCGCACGUUGCAGUACUGCCCAUCUGUGGACUCCCCAUACAACAAGUCGGGACCAGCACUGCCCCCAGAGGCCACGCUAACCAGGUCACCCUCCAUCGACAGCAUCCAGAAGGACCCCAGGUACGAGCCUGAAUUCCUUGUCUGGAAUCAAAACCAAGCCGAGCAGAGAAUGACAAAGGAGUUUGGCUGGCGGGACCCGGAGCUGCCAGAGGUGAUCCAGAUGCUGCAGCACCAGUUCCCAUCAGUACAGUCCAACGCUGCCGCCUACCUGCAGCACCUCUGCUAUGGAGACAACAAAAUCAAGUCAGAGAUCCGACAUCAGGGGGGCAUCCAGCUGCUGGUAGAUCUGCUGGACCACCGGAUGAGUGAGGUACAUCGGAGUGCCUGUGGGGCACUGCGCAACUUGGUCUAUGGCAAAGCAAAUGAUGACAACAAAGUGGCCCUGAAAAACUGUGGCGGCAUCCCUGCUCUGGUGCGGCUGCUACGCAAGACUGCUGAUGUAGAGGUUCGGGAGCUGCUCACCGGUGUGCUUUGGAACUUGUCAUCCUGCGAUAGCCUGAAGAUGCCCAUUAUUCAGGAUGCUCUGGCUGUGUUGACCAACACGGUGAUCAUCCCUCAAUCUGGCUGGGACACCUCCCCCCACCAGGAGGAGCGCAAGCUACACCUACACUCAUCGCAGGUGCUGCGCAACGCCACCGGUUGCCUGAGGAAUGUGAGCUCAGCCGGGGAAGAGGCACGCCGCCGUAUGCGAGAGUGUGAAGGUCUGACAGAUGCGCUGCUGUAUGUCAUCCAGACAGCACUAGGGAGCAGUGAGAUCGACAGCAAGACCAUAGAGAACUGCGUGUGCAUCCUGAGGAACCUGUCGUACCGCCUGGCAGCGGAGACCUCCCAGGGACAGCAAGCAGGCACGGAUGAGCUGGAUGGGCUGCUUUGCGGAGAAGCCAGCGGCAAGGACAGCGAAAGCUCUGGCUGCUGGGGAAAAAAGAAGAAGAAGAAAAAGGCGCAGGACCAGUGGGAUGGUGUGGGACCCCUCCCUGAGACAGCGGACCCUCCAAAAGGCAUCCAGAUGUUGUGGCACCCCUCAAUUGUGAAGCCCUACCUCACAUUACUCUCAGAGUGCUCCAAUGCUGACACGCUGGAGGGUGCAGCUGGGGCACUGCAGAACCUGGCCGCAGGGAGCUGGAAGUGGUCCGUCUAUAUCCGGGCAGCUGUAAGGAAGGAGAAGGGCCUGCCCAUCCUGGUGGAGUUGCUGCGGAUAGACAAUGACCGUGUGGUAUGCGCCGUUGCCACCGCAUUGCGAAACAUGGCUCUGGAUGUCAGGAACAAGGAGCUCAUCGGCAAGUAUGCCAUGCGUGACUUGGUCCACCGCUUGCCAGGUGGGAACAAUAACAACACCAGUGGCAGUGGAGGGAUCGGCACCAGCAAGACUAUGUCGGAUGACACGGUCACAGCUAUCUGCUGCGCCCUUCAUGAGGUCAUCACUAAGAACAUGGAGAAUGCCAAGGCACUGCGUGAUGCUGGUGGCAUCGAGAAGCUCAUCAGCAUCGCUCGCAGCAAAGGAGACAAGCACUCGCCCAAAGUGGUGAAGGCAGCUUCUCAGGUCCUCAACAGCAUGUGGCAAUACAGAGACCUGCGCAGCCUCUACAAGAAGGAUGGAUAUGCGCAGUAUCAUUUUGUGGGCUCUUCCUCGACAAUAGAAAGGGACCGGCAACGACCUUACUCUUCUUCCCGCACCCCCUCCAUCUCCCCUGUCCGGACAUCCCCCAACAAUCGAUCAGCGAGCGCCCCUGCCUCACCUCGAGAAGUGAUCAGCCUCAAAGAGAGGAAGACAGACUACGACUUGACUGGAACCAAUGCCAGUUUCCAUGGAAACAAAGGCGAACACACCUCCCGAAAAGAUGCCACAGCAGUUCAAAUCUCAAGCGGAACAUCAACGUUGUUCAGGAAUUCAUAUGUGACCCCUCAUGACGACAUCAAACACAACCAGGUCUCUGCCCAGCCUGCUCCUCAGGAUGGUGCUAGAAAGGACUAUGACACAUUCCCCCCAUUCCAGAAUUCCAGCAGGCACUUUGAGGAGCCAUUCUUUGAAGACCCAGGACAUCCACGUGCUCCGCCCACCACAGACUUGAACAUGCACCUGGGGCUGAAGUCUACCGGCAACUACGUGGACUUCUACUCAGCUGCACGUCCCUACAGUGAACUGAACUAUGAGACAAGUCACUAUCCUGCUUCCCCUGACUCCUGGGUUUAAGGGAAGAUGCUGAGCAGCAAAACUAGUACUAGGUUCCAGAGGGGGGAAGGAGGCACGGGGAGGGUGGUCAUGCAUGUGCAUGCAUACAUCAGCAUUCAUUUUUUUAAUUUCUGUUGGUUUAGUUUAUCAGGGCUCAUUCCUUAGAGAGGCUCUAGUGAAGUGGAAGACUGGGAGGGAAGGUGUAUGUGGGGAACUGCCCUUCUCAGCUGAGAUACAGAGACAACACAUUCGUGGCCACAGGGUGGUCCUGAGGUGCCCUUACAUAGCAUAGCAGAGACAUUGAUGUUCAAAGGGAAGAUGGACUUUGGGCGAGGGUAUGUGGGAUGUUGUCUGUUGGGCAAUGGUUGUUGUGGAUAUGAAGGAGAGCAGAAAGACAAGAGUGUAAAGCACAAGGAGAAGAACACCUGUUUACAUUGGCUUGAGAAGCAGCUGUUCACACAUAUCACUGUCAUUGCUUUACUUUUACUUCAUGGUGCGGAAACAUCUCUGCCUGCAUUUUAUAGAGUGUCCUUAUAGAAGAUGUUGCCAGCUUGUAUUUUUUUUUUAAAUCAUCCUUUUUUUUAUUCUUUUCUAAUUCUUUGUUG